CUAUUGGAGGAAAUGGGUGAGGUUGAUUCAGACGACACAGAUUUGGGAUUGCACAAAGGAGCUCUGACUCAGGGUUACUGCCCCCCCCCCACCUACACCAACCCCUUUUCUCUUUCUCUCUGGUGUGGAUAUUAGUUUGAGCCUGUGUCGGAGACAGCUGCGGUUUCAACACCAACCAUCUCUCCCGCUGCCAGGAGUCACCAUGAAACAAUCAUGCGCGUGUAGCCAACUGCGAUAGUGACUGACUGUGAAAUAGGGCAAUACACGAGGCUGCGUUAGAAGGAACAAUAGACAACAACGAAUUGUAACGCUAAAUAUUUCACUGAAAUGGAUUGUAUCCCUACGCGUUGGAUUAACUCACUUUUCUGCUGGCUCCACUAGAAGGCAGGUGGAGAGCGCUCUUUGUGAAAACAUAACGUAACCUAUGUGAGUAGCCUGUGGAAGAAUACUGAUAAAUAUUACCGUAACAAAAGAGUCGUCAAGACAAGCCCGCAUUAACGCUUUCUAGUUCUUCAACAAUCAUUUGCCGUUCAGGAAAAACACGUGGCUCAUUUUAAAGGAGCAGCUGCGAUGUUAACAGCGGAGGGCAAGAGGACUUUCAUUUGCAUUUAAACUCGGUGAGCCCCAUAUCCUCCUGCUCAUGCUUGGUGGGACCUGGACUCCUCUGUUUGUGAGGCCAUGUCCACAUAGCAUGGAUAGAGAAAUAACCCAUAGCCAUCUGUUUCACUGACAUGACCAGCAGGAGUAUUUAUUGUCUUAUGAUGUUCCGGCAAAAGGAGGCUGUAUGCUGUGUUUUGGCCAGUCAGUAUUUUUCCGCUUCAACCACCCAGAGGAGGCGUUCAGGAUGAAGAGCAUGAUGCCAGAGGGAAGCAAGGGCUCUGGUGGGAACUACAGAAUCCACUCAGACUCAAAGAGCCUGGUCAAUGGGAACCAUCAAUCAGGAGCAUCCCAGUCGCACCACCCAGCCCCCGGGGAGAGAGUCCCACGCUCCGAGCAUCGUGCCAUCGUCAGCUCCAUCGAAAAGGACCUCCAGGACAUCAUGGACUCCCUAGUCAUGGAUGAUCCCCAGCCUUCUUCUUCAGACUCAAAAAAGCCAGACCACCCCAUCCCCCACUCCCCGCUGUCCCCCAUGGUCAACGGAGGAGGCCGCUACCUCCUCUCCCCUCCCACCAGCCCGGGGGCCAUGUCAGUGGGCUCCAGCUAUGAGAACACCUCCCCGCCCUUCUCCCCCCUGUCCUCUCCCUCGGCGGCCAGCAGCGCAGGCAGCUACACCAGCCCUUCUCCCAGCGGCUGCCUGGACCCCCAGGACCUAUCCCUGCCCCCUGUGCCAGUCCGCUCAUCCAGCUACAACUACACAACUACACCACCCAUCCCCCAGCCAAGGACCAUAAUGACAAACUACAGCCCCGGCGGUGGGGUGCAGAGGGUUCCUGAGAGCCCCAGGCUCCAGAGGAAAUGUCUCCUGGAGGCCCCCCAGAGCCCCAAGCCAGCCCGCAGAGGCCAGAGCCUGGACAGCCCAGGGGUGAUGGGUUCAGAGAGCCCCAGACUGACCCACCUAUCUGUUGCCUCAGCCGAUGCCGGGUACAUGGGCAGGAACGCAGUGCCAAGUAGCCCCAGACUCACCUCCAAUUUCCCCUAUGCCGCCACGUCCUCCUCCCCAUCCAGCCCCAGGACAAAAGCGGGCACCAUCCUCCAGGAGCGUCCGGCCAGUCCCUUCAGAGAGCAGGCGGACCGCUCCCUCACCUCCAGCUCUUCCAGACAGCUGCUAUCCCAGCCCAGCAGGACCUUCCAGCCUCCCCUGGACCCCAUCGUCCACAUCAUCCAGGGGGGCUCUCCACUCCAGCAGCACCACCUCUUCACCCACCCUCUCACACUGCAGCCCCCAGAGAGCCCUCGGCUGUCCCGCAGGAACCUCGACCUCAGCGGCGGUGGGGGCAGCAGCAUGAGGGAGCUCCCCCCUCUCAGCCCCUCCAUGGCUCGCAGAGGGGUGCCUGUUCUCCCGGGGGCUCUCCCUGGAAGUAUCCCCAUGUUGAGAACGCCCGAGAGCCCAUCAUCAUUGGGGAAGCUGGGAGUCCCGGAGAGCCCCGGGCUCCGACGCAAGGCCGGCUCCCCCCCGGAGGACCAGUUUGGCGGCAGUGUGGUUCGAGCCCGCAGCCCCUCCCCUACCUUGGGGCUGAUGAUGAUGGAGAGCGGGGGAGGGGGAAGGAAGGCCAGCUUUGGGAACGUCCUCUCCCCUGCUUACAGCCUGGGCUCCCUACCUGGCUCUUCGCCUCUCGCCAGCCCCAGGGGCCAUAGGAAGAUGUCCGGGGGCCCCCGGGAUCAGAGGGGCCCCCACCCGGGCAUGCGGGAACGGAAAAACAGCAUCUCUGAGAUCAGCGACAACGAGGACGAGCUGUUGGAGUACCACCGGCGCCAGAGAGAGGAGAGGCUCAGAGAGCAGGAGAUGGAGAGACUGGAGAGGCAGAGGCUUGAGACCAUCCUGAACCUGUGCGCCGAGUACAACAAGGGCGACGGGCCCUUUGGGGGCGAGGCAGAGGGGAGGAUGGGCUUCCCUGGGGGCCUGGGACCGGGGGAGGGGGCGGCCAGGAGACCCUCUAUGGACAGCUUGGCGGGGGCCGGCUCGCUGCAUCGUAGCAUGGCCCAGAGACAGCAGAGGGAGAGCGACGAGGAGAACCUCAAAGAGGAGUGCAGCAGUACGGAGAGCACCCAGCAGGAGGUGAGGACACCACUUCCUCCACAGGCCCUCCACAAUGGAGACCGAUACCAGCAUGAGGAGCAGUCUGUUUCUGGUGGCGCGAGGCGGGCCGAGCUGGGUUACCUGGAGGACGAGAGGGUCAGAGUGCUGGCCCGAGUCGACGAGCUCAAAUCACGAAUCACAGAGCUGGAGCAACAGCUGCAGGAGUCCAAGCAGGAGGCAGAGAUGGAGCGGGCCCUGCUGCAGGGGGAGAGGCAGGCGGAACUGGACCAGGUAGAGGCAGAGACUGAGAUCAUCGGACAGCUGCAACACAAGCUCAACGAGCUGGAGAACGCCAUCCAGAGGGAGAAAGACAAGGCAUUGCCAAAUCCUGGAUGGCCUCCCAAGACUGUAUCUAGUUGGUUUUGCCAUCCCAAGGAGAGGGCAAAUGUUGACACAGAGCGCCGAGCCCUGGAGAGCCUCCAGGAGGGCUACAGUGAGCUGAAGAACCAGCUUCAUAACUGCCCCGAGUCACUGAGGGAGCAGUUACAGGAACAGCUCAAAAGGGAGGGCGAGACCCUGGAGUCAGAGACAAAACAGUUUGAGGACCUGGAGUUUCAGCAGCUGGAGAGGGAGAGCAGCCUGGAGGAGGAGAGGGAGACCAUCAGCCAGCAGCUGCUGCAGGAGAGGGCCGAGUACCACACCAGCGUGGCCAAGAGGAAGGACAAGGUGGCAGCUCUGGAAGGCCAGGCCAGCCAGCUGGGACAGCAGGCAUCUCAGGAGUGUGACAGGCUGGCUAAGGACAGGAAUCUUACCCUGCAGAUUCUCCAUAAGGAGAAAGAGAGGCUAUCGGCCUUAGAGAAGAGGUACGUCAGCCUUACUGGGGGAAGAUCUUUCCCUAAGUGUUCCAGCACCAUGAAAGAGGAAUUGCUCCAUAUCAGCCAGACUGACCUGUUAGAGGACUCCCACUCCCAGCAUCCUCUCUGCCGUCCCGCUGCUUCCUAUUUAAGCGCCUCCUCUCAGUUAUACCCAGGGGGCAGCCCAACAGAGGAGUACAUGAAGCUCUCGGAUGUCUAUAAGAUGUUUGGGAGUGAUUGCCAUGACACCCAACUCACCACCUCUGCUCAGCACGGCCUCUCGCUCAACCUAGACGCAGCUGUCCCCUGCGAGGAGUAUGUGACUGUGGGCCAGUUAACUCAGUUCUUUGGGAUGCCGAAGGUCGAGUCCUCCCCUACCUCUCCUCUCCGGCCCCUCCAGUCAGGAGCUGGAGACCCCGCCUUCUCCUGCCUCUCCUUUCGUCACGGCUCCUCCCUCUCUCUCUCUGUUGAGUACCAGCCUGAGUGCAGUAGGCCUCAAAUCCACACUGUCGAUUUAGAGCAGUGGUACCAGGAGGUGAUGGCUGCUGGGGAGAGCAGCCAGCUCUGCCCCCCUCUCCCAGCUAAACCUCUCUCCGCUCGCAGGCCUAUGCAGGUGUUCCGUUCCAAGCUGGACAGUGAUGCUGGACAGACAGUACAUCAACCCAAAGCAGGCUCCGGAUCCCAUCUGCAGUACGUAGCCACUACACUGGGACGCAACACAACCUCCAAGAGCCCACUGAUGGUUCCCAACAGUACCGGCAGUUUGCCACGGAACUUGGCUGCUACCAUGCAGGAUAUAGAGACCAAGAGAGCACUAGCCUUACAGCAGAAAGAGUCCUCCUUGCCUUCCACGUCUGAGUCUCCCUGCUCCACCAUGGACAAUCCCACAGACAGACAGAUAGACAGACAGACCACUCAACCUACGAGCCAUCAGGUGAUCGAGGAGCAGCGGCGGCGAUUGGCUGAGCUGAAGCAGCGGGCUGCAGUGGAGGCCCAGUGCCAGUGGGAUGCGCUACACGGCUCUCAGACACACCUCUACGCCCCCUCACACGCCCACGGCCCUCCCAUGGUGCACCACUCCAUCCUGCACCACCAGCCGCCAUCGGCGGGCGAGCAGCCGUACGACACACUGAGCCUGGAGAGCUCUGACAGCAUGGACACCAGCGUCUCCACAGGCAACAACUCGGCCUGCUCCCCCGACAACAUGUCCAGUGCCAGUGGGAUGGAUGCGCUGAAGAUCGAGGAGAUGGAGAAGAUGCUGAAAGAAGCCCACCUAGAGAAGGCCAGGCUCAUAGAAUCCAGAGAGCGAGAGAGCCAUGCCCGUAGGCAGAUGCUGGAGGAGGAGAGGAGGAGGCGUGAGGAGGCUGAGAAGAGGCUGCAGGACGAGACGGUGCACAGGCAGCAGCUGGUGGACAAGGAGGUGAAGAUGAGGAGCAAGAACUUCUCCCAGGCCCGUCCUAUGACUCGUUACCUGCCCAUCCGCAAGGAGGAGUUUGACCUGCGCUCCCACAUCGAAUCAUCCGGCCACAACGUGGAGACCUCUCACCACGUGAUCCUCACAGAGAAGAUGUGCAAGGGUUACCUGGUCAAGAUGGGCGGCAAGAUCAAGUCGUGGAAGAAACGCUGGUUUGUCUUCGACCGCCUCAAAAGGACCUUCUCCUAUUACGUUGACAAGCAUGAGACCAAACUGAAAGGAGUCAUCUACUUCCAGGCCAUUGAAGAGGUCUACUACGAUCACCUGCGUAGCGCCACGAAGAAAGGAUUUUUCAACCUCAAUUUGACCAAUAGCCCCAAUCCCUCGUUGACCUUCUGUGUGAAGACUCACGACAGACUCUACUACAUGGUGGCCCCUGCCCCAGAGGCCAUGAGGAUAUGGAUGGACGUCAUAGUAACCGGAGCUGAGGGCUACACGCAGUUCAUCAACUAAUAGGGGAGACUUGUGUGCAGGGACACACUUCAAUAGACUCAGGCCUUUCCUUCUAGGGCCUUAACCUCUCCCAGUAUUGGGAAAUUGCCUUUAUUUUGUUACGUUCAUUACAUCUAUUUUUAAAAUCACUUUACAAUAGAUGUUUUUCUACUUGCGGAUUGAAAAAGGGAGUCCUGGAAAAGACACUGUAUAUAACCAAAGUGACAAUACUGUCAGACUUUCUAUAUUGCCAAAUUGAGAUCUUGCUUGUGUAUGUGUCUUUGAUAGUUAACUUUUUUUAAACACUAUAUGGAAUAUUGCAUUAUACCGAUGGUUGUUUUAUAUAGAAUACAAAAGGCAUUUGCCUGACUACCUAUUUAGCUCAAAGUAAAGGAAAUUCUAUUAAAUGGAGAAUAAACCUAGUGAGAAAGACAACACACCAA